CGCACCCUAUGGAUCGGCCGCUCCAUGGAGCCCUCCAGAGCGCUUCUCGGCUGCCUGGCGAGCGCCGCCGCUGCCGCCCCGCCGGGGGAGGACGGAGCGGGAACCGGGGCCGACGAGGAGGAGGAAGAAGAGGAGGAGGCGGUGGCGGCGGUCUCCGGGGAGCUGGGCUCGGACGCACCGCUGCCCUACUGGACGGCCGUGUUCGAGUACGAGGCGGCUGGAGAGGACGAGCUGACCCUGCGGCUGGGCGAUGUGGUGGAAGUGCUGUCCAAGGACUCGCAGGUGUCCGGCGACGAGGGCUGGUGGACCGGGCAGCUGAACCAGCGAGUGGGCAUCUUCCCCAGCAACUACGUGACCCCGCGCAGCGCCUUCUCCAGCCGCUGCCAGCCGGGCGGCGAGGACCCCAGUUGCUACCCGCCCAUUCAGUUGUUAGAGAUUGAUUUUGCGGAGCUAACCCUGGAAGAGAUUAUUGGCAUUGGGGGCUUUGGGAAGGUCUAUCGUGCUUUCUGGAUAGGGGAUGAGGUUGCUGUGAAAGCAGCUCGCCAUGACCCCGAUGAGGACAUCAGCCAGACCAUAGAGAACGUUCGCCAAGAGGCCAAGCUCUUCGCCAUGCUGAAGCACCCCAACAUCAUUGCCCUCAGGGGGGUGUGUCUGAAGGAACCCAACCUCUGCUUGGUCAUGGAGUUUGCUCGUGGAGGGCCUUUGAAUAGAGUACUAUCUGGGAAAAGGAUUCCCCCGGACAUCCUGGUGAACUGGGCUGUGCAGAUUGCCAGAGGGAUGAACUACUUACACGAUGAGGCAAUUGUCCCCAUCAUCCACCGAGACCUUAAGUCCAGCAACAUACUGAUCCUCCAGAAGGUGGAGAAUGGAGACCUGAGCAACAAGAUUCUGAAGAUCACUGAUUUUGGCCUGGCUCGGGAAUGGCACCGAACCACCAAGAUGAGUGCGGCAGGGACCUACGCUUGGAUGGCACCCGAGGUCAUUCGGGCCUCUCUGUUUUCCAAAGGCAGCGACGUGUGGAGCUAUGGGGUGCUGCUUUGGGAGCUUCUGACUGGCGAGGUGCCGUUCCGUGGCAUUGAUGGCUUAGCAGUGGCUUACGGAGUGGCCAUGAACAAACUCGCCCUUCCUAUUCCUUCCACAUGCCCAGAACCUUUUGCCAAACUCAUGGAAGACUGCUGGAAUCCCGACCCCCACGCACGACCGUCUUUCACCAAUAUCCUGGACCAGCUAACUACCAUAGAGGAGUCUGGUUUCUUUGAAAUGCCCAAGGACUCCUUCCACUGCCUGCAGGAUGACUGGAAACAUGAGAUUCAGGAGAUGUUUGACCAACUCAGGGCCAAAGAAAAGUUGUCCAAACCAGAGCAAGUGCACGACUGGGCAGAUUUCCAGCACAAGUUCACGGUGCAGGCCUCCCCCACCAUGGAUAAAAGGAAGAGUCUUAUCAACAGCCGCUCCAGUCCUCCUGCAAGCCCCACCAUCAUUCCUCGCCUUCGCGCCAUCCAGUUGACACCCGGCGAAAGCAGCAAGACUUGGGGCAGGAGCUCAGUCAUCCCGAAGGAAGAAGGGGAGGAGGAAGAGAAGAGGGCCCCAAAGAAGAAGGGCCGGACAUGGGGGCCAGGGACACUUGGUCAGAAGGAGCUUGCCUCAGGAGAUGAAGGAUCCCCUCAGAGGCGUGAGAAAGCUAAUGGUUUAAGUACCCCAUCAGAAUCUCCACAUUUCCACUUGGGCCUCAAGUCCCUGGUGGAUGGCUAUAAACAGUGGUCGUCCAGUGCUCCCAACCUGGGGAAGGGCCCCAGGAGUAGCCCAGCCCUGCCAGGGUUCACCAGCCUUAUGGAGACAGAGGAUGAGGACGGUGAAGGCCCACAGAGUGGAGAGAGUCGUCUACAGCAUUCACCCAACCAGUCCUACCUCUGUAUCCCGUUUCCUCGUGGAGAGGAUGGGGAAGGCCCCUCCAGUGAUGGGGCCCACGAGGAGCCUACCCCAGUCAACUCAGCCACCAGUACCCCUCAGCUGACGCCAACCAACAGCCUCAAGCGGGGCAGUCCUCACCACCGCCGCUGUGAGGUGGCUCUGCUUGGCUGCGGGGCUGUCCUCGCAGCCACAGGCCUAGGGUUUGACUUGCUGGAAGCUGGCAAAUGCCAGCUGCUUCCCCUGGAGGAGCCUGAGCCACCAGCCCGGGAGGAGAAGAAGAGGCGUGAGGGUCUUUUUCAGAGGGCCAGCCGUCCUCGCCGCAGCACCAGCCCCCCAUCCCGGAAGCUCUUCAAGAAGGAAGAGCCCAUGCUGUUGCUAGGAGAUCCCUCUGCCUCCCUCACGCUCCUCUCUCUCUCCUCCAUCUCUGAGUGCAACUCCACCCGCUCCCUGCUGCGCUCCGACAGCGAUGAGAUCGUGGUAUAUGAGAUGCCGGUCAGCCCAGUGGAGGCCCCACCCUUGACCCCCUGCACCCACAACCCCCUGGUCAAUGUCCGAGUGGAGCGCUUCAAACGAGACCCUAACCAGUCUCUGACUCCUACCCAUGUCACACUCACAGCCCCCCCGCAGCCAGGUGGUCACCGGCGGACUCCUUCUGAUGGGGCCCUCAAGCCCCCAGCUCUCUUGGCCAGCAGGAGCCCCUCCAGCAAUGGGUUGAGCCCCAGUCCUGGAGCAGGAAUAUUGAAAACCCCCAGUCCCAGCCGAGACCCAGGUGAAUUUCCCCGUCUUCCUGACCCCAAUGUGGUCUUUCCCCCAACCCCGAGGCGCUGGAACACACAGCAGGACUCUACCUUGGAGAGACCCAAGACCCUGGAGUUUCUUCCUCGGCCACGUCCUUCUGCCAACCGGCAACGGCUGGACCCGUGGUGGUUUGUGUCCCCUAGCCACGCCCGCAGCGCCUCCCCAGCCAACAGCUCCAGCACAGAGACACCCAGCAACCUGGACUCCUGCUUUGCCAGUAGCAGCAGCACCGUGGAGGAGCGGCCUGUGCUCCCAGCUCUGCUCCCAUUCCAGGCAGGGUCCCUGCCCCCUGCCGAGCGGACGCUUCUGGACCUGGAUGCAGAGGGGCAGAGCCAGGACAGCACCGUGCCGCUGUGCAGAGCAGAACUGAACACACACAGGCCCGCUCCUUAUGAGAUCCAGCAAGAGUUCUGGUCUUAGCAUAAAAGGGUUGGGGUGGCCAAGGGGGAAGCAGGAGGAGAUGGGGGGAGCUGGCUGGCACAGCCCUUUCUCAGAGCUGGACCCCCUGAGAUCUGGCCCUACUUCUUGCACUGAUAAUGCACUUUGAAGAUGGAAGGGAUGGGAACAGGGCCACUUCAGAGGGUGUCCUGCCCUGCAGGGCCCCUCUACCCCUGUCCACUGAGGAGGGGCUGUGGCCAUCAGCUAUGGCUGUGAGGGGGGGAGAGGGGUGCGUGCAUGUCCCCCACCCUCCUGUCUUCCUCGCCUUUAGGGUGACCCUGCAGUCACUCAGCCAAAUCUGUCUGCUGCUCCCUGUCCUCAGCCAGUUGGGUAUGCCCAGAGCUAUCCUGGGUUCCUCUGUCAGCCCUGAGCUCAGCCUCCCAACGUCAGUGUUGGAGGUUCUGGGAUUGGUUUUGCUCCUCCAUUCUCCUCCAAUACCCAUGAAUUGGAAUCUCGU